AUGCCGUUUGCCGCGUUUGUGCAUGAAUCAUGGCAUGCGUUCUUCAAGGCGCUUCGCGGAACCUUCAAGAUUCCAUCGACCGAAGCAAUCGGGGGCGAUUUGAUGCGAUCAGAAUAUGCACUGACAAUGAACGACGUUCUGCUCGCUCUCGCCAAGAAUACUCUCAUCUGCUUCACGCUGGACGGUGCCACGAACUUUUAG